AUGGCAGCAGAUGAAGGCCUGCAGGACACCUUGCGGCAGCAGUUCAAGGCGCUGCAGGAGAUGCAGCAAAAACGGCUGCAGCAGGAGAUGGAGAAGAGGAGGGAGAGGGAACUCAGCAAGGUCGACGACAACAAGGACCUCCUGGAGACCUUCGACAGCUUCAGCCUCCUCCACACGGGGCAGCAGCACUCGGAGGACAGCUUCGAGAGGAGGGUGCUGGAAGGAGAGAUUGAGCAGCUUCGAGAUCAGCUCAGAGAGACCGUUGAUGAAAAUGGGAGGUUGUAUAAACUGCUGAAGGAACGGGAUUUUGAAAUCAAGCAUCUCAAAAAGAAAAUAGAAGAGGACAGGUUUGCCUUCACAGGAACAGCCGGUAUGGCUGGGGACGUGGUCGCCACCAAGAUUGUUGAGCUGUCUAAAAAGAACCGGGUGCUGACGGCGGAGUCAGAGGGUGCCAAGACCAGAGUGAAGCAGCUGAGCGGUCGCGUCCAGGAGCUGGAGCGGGAACUGCAGACGGCGCUGUCCAGGUUGCCAGCCCAGGCGGGCACUGAAGCCGGAGCCAAGACUCCCAAGGCCCAGGCGAGAAGUGGAGUCGGGCCAGAGAGCCCGGAGGUAAAGGCCCUGCAGGAAAAGCUGGCGGCCGCGAACCUGAAGAUGAGUGACCUCCGUAACCAGCUCCAGGCCGUGAAGCAGGAGCUCCGGGUGGCCCAGAAGGUCUUGGCCAGCGAGGUCGGGGAAGACGUGAACAUCCAGCACCUCCUAUCCACUCCUGGGACUUGGCGGGGCCGCGCUCAACAAAUACUUGUUUUGCAGAGUAAGGUCCGAGAGCUGGAGAAGAAAUUGGGACAAAUCCAGAGCCAGUCCACGGGAACAACAGGUGAUGAGCUGCCCGUCCACUCAGACCCGAGGAAGCUGUCUGCACAGGAGAAAAACCUGCUCAGGAUCCGCCUCCUGGAGAGGGAGAAACAGGAGAGCUUAGAGAAACUCACCAGUGAACGAGACGCCCUCCAGAAACAGCUGGAAGAGCUGAGGAAGAAGUUCGAGGCCGCCAAGUCCCGGAACAAGGUGCUGUCUAGCGAAGUCAAGACCCUGCGGACUCAGAUGGGCACGCUGGUGGAGAAGGGCAGGCAUGACGAUGAGCUCAUCGACGCCCUCAUGAAUCAGCUGAAGCAGCUUCAGGAGAUCCUGGGCAGCCUGAGUCUGCAGGAGGAGAAGACGCGUGCGUCCCACCACCGCCUGGACCAGCAGCUCCACACGCAGGCCCAGCAGAGCAGCAGCCUCGUGGCCCAGCUUCGGGCCAUGGUGGCAGAGCGGGAGGCCAAGGUGCAGCAGCUGGAGCUGGAGAUUGGGCAGCUCAGCGUGCAGUAUCUUCACACCAAAGGCCUGAGCGAGGGAUCCAGUGGGCCUGAGGUCAACCACGCCCCCACGCAGGGCCCUGAGGACCCAGGCCUGGCCAAGACCACGGCCUCCGCGGGCGAUCACGUCGGCAGGCUUGGAUCUUCUCGCUCCGUGACCAGCCUGGGCCACACGCUGGUGGAAUCUGCUCUCACUCGGCCCUCCCUGUCCAGUCCUCAUGGGCCCUCACCCAGGUUCUCAGACUCCCCAGAACAAAAAGGCUGGCAGGCGCAGGUGACUGAGUUCAAAGCCCUCUGGCAGGCCGCCGAGGUGGAGCGUGACCGGCUCACGGAGUUUGUCACUGUCCUGCAGAAACGAAUGGAAGAGAGCAGCAGUAAGCUCGUGGAGUCGGAGCGGAAGCUGCAGGAGGAGCGGCAGCGGGCGGUGGUGCUGGAGCAGCAUCUGGAGAAGAUGCGUCUGGAGCCCCACCAUUCGCCGGGCUCACAGAGGGCGAGGCCCCGGAGCAAGCCAGGUCUGUCCUCCGCUCACACCAAGCUCAGCCUGAACGUGAACACUCAGAAGGACCCAGCCCUCACCCAGCUCUCCGACGUGCCUGUGGAAUCCCAGAUGGAGGAGCUGACAACCAGGCUGGCCAUCCAGGUGGAGGAGAACGAAACCCUGAAGGCUGCCCUGGGCAGUGCCCUGCGGGGGAAAGAGGAGGACUUCCGUAUGUACCAUGAGACCCUGGACCAGGUGAAAGGGGUCUUCCUGCAGGCCCUUCGGCAGCAGAAGGCGGACAGACGCUAG